AUGGCCGGCCAACCGCCCCUGACCGGCAUCAAAGUCCUAGAAUUCGCCGGCCUUGCUCCAGGUCCCUUCGCAGGCCUCCUCCUCGCCGACGCAGGCGCCUCAGUCCUCCGGAUCGAUCGCCCCCCAUCCCAAUCCUCCACCCCUCCCGCAGCGGACCUCCUAACCCGCCGCAAGCGCUCCAUCGCAGUCAACCUUAAAGACCCUGCCGGCGUCUCCCUCAUCCGCGCCCUCGUGGCCCAAGCCGACGUGCUCAUCGACCCCUACCGGCCGGGCGUGCUAGAGAAACUGGGCCUCGGCCCCGCCGACCUGUGCCCGCUCAACGGCCGCUUGGUGUAUGCCCGCCUGACGGGUUUCCGCCGCGACGGCCGAUUCGCGUCUAUGGCGGGGCACGACAUCAACUACCUGGCCGUAUCGGGCGUCCUGGCCCUGCUGGGCCGCAAGGGGCAGCCGCCUACCCCUCCGGGAAAUCUGCUGGGCGACUUUGCCGGCGGCGGGGCCGUGCUGUUCCAGGGGAUCUUGAUGGCGCUGCUGGCGAGGGCGAGGACUGGGCGGGGCCAGGUGGUGGAGGCGAAUAUGGUGGAUGGAGUGUCGUAUCUCGCUAGCUUUGCGCGGUUUGCGCGGAGGACGCCGGUGUGGGAUCGGGAGAGGGGCGAGAACUUGCUUGAUUCGGGGUGUCCUUGGUAUGAUGCCUAUGAGACCAAGGACGGGAGGUGGAUGGCGGUCGGGGCUUUGGAACCGCAGUUUUUUGCUGAGCUGGUUAUGGGACUGGGGUUGGCGGGGCAAGGGUGGGAGGAUGGGCGGCGGUAUGAUAGGGACCAGUGGCCUGAGUUGAGGAGGGUUAUGGAGGGGGUGUUCAAGAGCAAAACGAGGGAUGAGUGGGAGCGGGUGUUUGAGGGGACCGACGCGUGCUGUACGCCGGUUUAUGAGUAUGGGGAGAUGGAAGGGGGCGGGAGGAUGGAGGGUGACCAGAGGCCGGCGGUUGCCUUGAGGGCGACGCCUUGUUUGGCUGUGUGGAAGAAUGCCGCGGACGCUAGUCACGGUCAGGGGAAGGGGAUUGAAGGGAAGGGGUACGACGGAUAUACUCUUGAGCCGGGGCAUGGAGGGGAAGAAACGCUGAAAGAGUGGUUAGACUGGUCGAAAGGCGAUCAGUUUGACGUUAGCGAAGGCGGUUUGGUGUUGAAGAACAAGGCCAAGUUGUGA